GAAGAAUCAGGAUGAAAAGAUGGCUGGCUUCUUGUUACCACUGGGUUCUAACAGCUUCCACCGGUUCACACCCGAAUCCUUGUCUGAGAUUGAAAAGCGGAUUGCGGCAAAGAUUACGAAGGACACCAAACAGGAAUGUAGGGACCAGUUGGGUGAAGAAGAAAAGCUGCGCCCCCAGUUUGACUUACAGGCUUGCAAGAAGCUGCCCGAUAUCUAUGGGUCUCCUCCAUCAGAGCUCAUUGGAGAACCCUUGGAGGACAUUGAUCCCUUCUACCAUGAUCAUAAGACAUUUAUAGUACUGAACAAAGGGAAGACCAUCUUUCGAUUUAGUGCCACUCCUGCCUUGUAUAUUCUUAGCCCUUUUCAUCGAAUCAGAAGAAUAGCAAUUAAAAUUCUGGUACAUUCAUUAUUCAGUAUGUUUAUUAUGUGCACUAUUUUAACCAACUGUGUGUUCAUGGCAUGGUCCGAACUCCCUCCUUGGAAUAAAAAUGUUGAGCAUAUUUUUACUGCUAUUUACACAUUUGAGUCCUUGAUAAAAAUAUUGGCCAGAGGAUUUUGUAUGACUGAAUUCACCUUCCUUCGAGACCCAUGGAAUUGGCUGGAUUUUUCUGUUAUUGUCAUGGCAUACAUAACUGACUUUGUGGACCUGGGCAAUGUCUCAGCCUUACGAACAUUCAGAGUUCUUCGGGCGCUGAAAACAAUCUCAGUCAUUUCAGGUUUGAAGACCAUCGUUGGAGCCCUUAUCCAGUCAGUUAAGAAACUUGCAGAUGUGAUGAUCCUGACCGUUUUUUGCUUGAGUGUUUUUGCCCUCAUAGGACUCCAGCUGUUUAUGGGAAACCUCAGGCACAAGUGUGUCCGAGACUACAUAGAAUUCAACUCCACCAACGGCACCUUUGCUUCAGAUCAGAAGGCCUGGCAAACCUUGGAUGAAUUUCUCAGCGAUCCAGACAACUACUUCAUUAAAGAGGGCACAACGGAUCCAUUACUGUGUGGCAACAGCACGGAUGCUGGCUCGUGUCCAAAAGGCUAUAGGUGUUUGAAGGCUGGAGAAAAUCCUGACCAUGGCUUUACCAGCUUUGAUACUUUUGGCUGGGCCUUCCUCUCCUUGUUCCGCCUCAUGACACAAGACUGCUGGGAACGUCUCUACCAACAGACUCUGAGAUCUGCUGGCAAGAUCUACAUGCUUUUUUUCAUGCUGGUCAUAUUUUUGGGGUCCUUUUAUCUAAUCAACUUGAUUUUGGCUGUGGUGGCCAUGGCAUAUGAGGAGCAGAACCAAGCCACCAUUGCGGAAAUGGAGGCAAAGGAGAAGAAAUUUCGAGAAGCCAUGGAGGCCCUGAAGAAAGAGCAAGAGGCUUUAGCUCGAGGAAUUGAUUCGUUGUCACUUAGCUCAUAUGAAAUGUCACCUUUGGCCUUGAAGAACUCCAAAGAACAAAGGAGUCGAAGAAGAAAAAAGAAAUCUUCAGGGGCAGAAGAUGAGGCAGAAGAUCAAGACGGUCUAAAGUCUGAAUCAGAUGAUGGCCAACGAAGGCCGACUCUCCUGGGUUUUACUUCUGGCUCAAUGGAAAAUUCAGUGAAACGUAAGACCAGCCAUGGAAGUGUCUUCAGUUUCCGGAUACGUGGCAGGGAAAUGGGUUCAGAGGCAGAUUUUGCUGAUGAUGACAUUAGCACCGUUGGGGAAAGUGAAAGCCAACAUGGGUCACUGCUAAUUCCAAGGAACGGGAGACGGCUGAGCGUGCAGAGCCAAGGGAAUUAUAGCUCUCCAAACUGCACACACAACAGCAAAAGGAACAGUUCGGUGGAUUGCAAUGGAGUGGUGUCACUGAUUGGCGGUGGAGAAAGCCUGGAUCCAACUACCCCAACAGAUGUGCUGUUGCCACCAGUUAUUGCAGAGAAAUAUGGAACAGCUGACACGACCUCUCCAUCUGAAGACCUGAACAAGAGGCAGCUUUUAUCACCCCAUCGCUUUUCUGUGGAUCAGCCGGAGGAACAUUUUCAAAGGCAACGAGCUGUGAGUGCUGUUAGCAUCAUCACCAGUGCCUUGGAAGAGCUUGAGGAAUCCCAACAGAAGUGUCCUUCUUGCUGGAAUCAUUUUGCAGUAAAAUUUCUCAUAUGGGAUUUUUGCCCACUAUGGCUCUUGGUCAAGGAGAAAGUCAAGUUCAUCAUUAUGGAUCCUUUCAGCGACCUCACAAUUACCCUUUGCAUUGUGAUGAACACGCUCUUCAUGGCCAUGGACCACUACAAGAUGACGAAAGAAUUUGAGGAGGUGCUCAACAUUGGGAAUCUGGUACAUCUUCACUGGGAUUUUUACAACUGA